AUGACGAUGAUGAUGAUGAUGAUGAUGAAAUAAGUAUUGUCAACAUAUUCAAAUAUAUGCUUAUUUGUACAUUAUCAUUAUUGAUCAUCGGUUUAAUCACUUUGUUUAUAAGACAUUUAUUUCUUGUCCAAAAUUCAAAUGAUGAUGAUUUGAUUAUUAUUUUACUUGGUUCAUAUUUGGCCACAUUCAUAAUUACUUUGGUUACAUUAUUGGCCACAUUUAAAGAACAUUUUUUCUUUCUUAUUACAGCUGCAAGUUUGAAUUUAAUUCUGGCCACAUUGUCGAUGGCCAUUCAAUCAUAUAGAUGGUCAAUAAUUUUGUUGCAAAUUAUAUCAUCAUUAUUUACAUUUUCAUAUCUAUUAUCAAUGUAUUUGAAAAUGAAAUUAGAAAUCAUUCAUAAAAGACGUUUACAAAAACGUUUUUUAGAAGAAUUACAAACAUCUAAUAUGAUGAAACGUCGUUUUCUAGGUACAACUAUAACAACAACAACAAAUAAUGAUAAUGUUGAUGAUCAUAUUUAUCAGAUUGCACCAUCAAUAAAACCAACGCCAACAGGUUUCAAUCCAAUUGAAUUAACAAAUGAAUGGAUUAUUAAUCAUAAUCAUAAUGAUCAUGAUCAUAAUUCUAUAAUGUCAACCGAUACGAAACAACAACAACAACAACAAAAUCAAAAAGAAUCGGCAUUCAUUGAUUCUGAACGAAUAAUUACCACAACACCAAUGAAUACCAUUUGA